CCUCGCGAGGCGAAGGAGAAGGGAGGGGUACGGUCCUGGAGGGAGCAGCGUCCGCCGCCAUCUUAGAAUCGCUGCUGCUCCUGCUUCGCUGCGGCCGCGUCUGAGGCGAGAGCGAAGCCCUUCGGAGGCCGGCGGGACGGACAACAUCGCCGGGGUCUAGCGGCCAAAAGGGAGGGGGAGGUGGGCGCUGGGGCUGCGGUGUGCUGGUGCUUCGUUGUCUUAGUCGGGGCGAGGCAGGAGGAAAGAAGAGAGAGAGAGGCUGUGACCAGCUCUUUGGCCUGCAAGACCGCCUUCUCCACCAGCGGCUCCUCCGCCUUGGGGUGGUGGGGAGCCCACCCAUUUGGGCCAGCCAUGGAUCCGGCGUUCCCCCAUCCAUCCCGGGAUCCUACCCAAGAAGAUGGCAUGGCCUCCGACGACUUUGACAUCGUGAUAGAGGCAAUGCUGGAGGCCCCGUACAAGAAAGAGGAGGCCCAGCCAGGACCCUCGAAGCCGCCAGCUGACCCCCCCACAGCCCAGCCGUCUCAGGAGGAGCAAGGAAAAGAAGCAAAGAAGGACAGCGCCCCCAGCAGCAGCAAUGGGGAAAGCAGCAGCAAAAAGAAGAAGAGUAGGAGUCGCAGCAAGAGCCGAGACCACAGACACAGUCGGGACGGAGACCGUCAUCGUAAACGCAGCCGAGAUCGCCCCAGCCGUCACCGGAGCAGAAGCCGCCAUCGGAGCCGCAGUCGGGAUCGUCGGCGGGCCAGCCGAUCUCGGAGCCGAGAGCGCCGACGGGAGGAGAGGGUCCGCUACCGCAGCCCGCCUCCCCCUGGGCGACGGUUUGGACACAGCAAGAGUCCUUUGUUCAGAGAGAAAAGCCCCCUCCGGGAGCCCCUGGGCAGCUUGAGCCCCGAAGAGCGUGACGCCCGCACCGUGUUCUGCAUGCAACUAGCUGCCCGUAUCCGCCCUCGAGACCUUGAGGAUUUUUUCUCUGCUGUUGGCAAGGUGCGUGACGUACGGAUCAUCUCUGACCGAAAUUCCCGCCGCUCGAAAGGCAUCGCUUACGUCGAGUUUUGUGAGAUACAGUCGGUGCCGCUGGCCAUCGGGCUGACGGGGCAACGCCUCCUGGGCGUACCCAUUAUCGUUCAAGCUUCCCAGGCGGAAAAGAACAGGCUGGCAGCCAUGGCUAACAACCUUCAGAAAGGCAGCGGGGGUCCCAUGCGGCUCUACGUCGGUUCUCUUCACUGCAACAUCACCAAAGAGAUGCUGCGUGGGAUCUUUGAGCCAUUUGGCAAGAUUGACAGCAUUGUGCUCAUGCGGGACCAGGAUACCGGACAGUCCAAAGGCUACGGCUUCAUCACUUUUACAGAAGCAGAAUGUGCCCGCCGUGCCCUGGAGCAGCUGAACGGUUUCGAGUUGGCCGGCCGGCCCAUGCGGGUCGGACAGGUCACCGAACGGCUGGACGGCACCACCGACAUCACUUUUCCCGACGGGGCUGAUGAGCACGACCGAUCAGCUCUGAGCCUGGGGACCACCAGCUCCCAGCUGCAAUUGAUGGCGAAACUCGCCGAAGCAGGGUCUGGGAUCCCCCUGUCCACCACAGCAGCGGCUCACGCUGCUUUGCAGCUGAAUGGAGCGAUACCUUUGGGAGCCCUGAAUCCAGCUGCCCUGACAGCUCUUAGCCCAGCGUUGAACCUGGCUUCACAGACACUGGCCUCCCAGUGCUUCCAGCUUUCAGGACUCUUCAGUCCCCAAACAAUGUAAGGCCCACCCAGUCUCCCCCCCCCCCAAUUUCUUGCCCUUCCUCUCCCACAGAGCUCGGAAAAAGGGGGGGGAUAAUCAUCUCCACACCAUAACAGCCUCAUCUGGACAACCAGCCCCCCCCAAUUGGAUUCCAAAGCUGGGGGAUGGACUUUGAAAGAAGGAUCGGCUCCCUCUCUUUGGGGAGCAGGGGAGGGGAAGAAACCCUUCUUAACACGAACUCUUGAUUUUAUUCCGAAUUUCCCUCCCGCCAAGUGAGACCCCCCUUCUCUCCUCCCCCUCCUCAAACCAUAAUUGGUGGGAGGUGCGUUAUCCCCCUGGGGGGAGCUUCACCGAGACCGGAGGGAGCUCCGCCCCCCAAGAAUUGGAAUUGCAGCUUCUCUUGCUCUCCGACUAAGCCCGGUGGGCUUUGGGGGGGCCAGGAAGAUCCUUGGCUCCUUUCCCCCCCCUUUCUCUCUCUCUCUCUCUCUCUCUUUCUCUUUCUCUCUCUCCUGCUCUCGGAUCAGGCUGUGAGGCUUGGCUGGAUGGCUUUAGGUAGCCCUGGCGGCCGAGACGGGAUCUGACUGUGUGCGUGCGCACGUUGUACAUAGACCGGAGAGGCGCGCAGACUGGCGUGUGGGUGGGAGGCCCACACAGUGUAUCUCUCUUCCCCGUUUCUCUCCUCCCCCCCUUUUCCUCAAUCUGUAGAGGCUGCAUAACCCCCGUGGGGAUGUUUGGGUGUUUUUCCUCUCCCUUUUUUCUCGACACUCGUCUCCCCUUCUUGGUGUCUCCCCCGUUUUUCUGGCUGCACCCCCCCCCUCCCCUGUCCUCGGAAUCCUUCAGAGAAACCCCGUCCCGUCCUUUCCAGAUUUUCAAAGGUGUAUUUUGGUUUUUUUCUUCUUUUUAUCUCUUUUCGAUUUUCUUUUUUUUUCUUCUUUUGCUUAUAAACGAAUAAUAAAAGUCACCAAACGGAA